CCUCUAUCAUUCAUUCUACUUUCCUCAACCCUUUCACUGCAUGAAGACGGCCUACCCCCUGGCACGUCACGAAAGAAAACGGUUUGGGACGGAGAGACUCCCUUUGCCAGGGAGCCCCGUCCUCGAGGGCGUGCCUUCGGUGUCUCAGCGCAGCCCGGUUGCGUCCCCAGUUGUAUCCCCCGCCGCGCCCGCCCCUUCCGCCGCUCGCGCGCGCGCGCACGGUCGGCCACGGCGCGCCGGGGUUGGCUGCGGCGGGGACCGCGGCGGCGGCGGCGGCCCGGACAGCCGUGGUGCCUUCUACUCCCCUUUUUAGUUUCUUCCGCCCCCUCCCGUCGGACGCUGUGGUGUGGCUGCCUUGAAAAAACGCAACUUUAUUGUUCCUCGGCCCGACCUCCCGGCGCGGCGGGCGUCCUCAAGAUGCACUGGGGCUGAGGGGAGGGGAGGCGGCGGAGGGUCGAGGUCGCGGUCCCUCUCCUCCGAGCGCCGGGCCGGAGGGGAGGGAGUCACGAUGUCUGGGAGCCGCCAGGCCGGGUCGGGCUCCGCUGGGACAAGCCCCGGCUCCUCGGCGGCCUCCUCGGUGACUUCCGCCUCCUCGUCCUUAUCCUCUUCCCCGUCGCCGCCUUCCGUGGCGGCUUCGGCUGCGGCGCCGGUGUCGGGUGGGGCGGCCCAGGCCGCCGGCUCCGGCGGCCUCGGGGGCCCGGUGCGGCCUGUGUUGGUGGCGCCGGCCGUGUCGGGCAGCGGCGGCGGGGCGGUGUCCACGGGCCUGUCCCGGCACAGCUGCGCGGCCAGGCCCAGUGCCGGCGUAGGAGGCAGCAGCUCCAGCCUGGGCGGCGGCAGCAGGAAGCGACCUCUGCUCGCCCCCCUCUGCAACGGGCUCAUCAACUCCUACGAGGACAAAAGCAACGACUUCGUAUGCCCCAUCUGCUUUGAUAUGAUUGAAGAAGCAUACAUGACAAAAUGUGGCCACAGCUUUUGCUACAAGUGUAUUCAUCAGAGUUUGGAGGACAAUAAUAGAUGUCCCAAGUGUAACUAUGUUGUGGACAAUAUUGACCAUCUGUAUCCUAAUUUCUUGGUGAAUGAGCUCAUUCUCAAACAGAAGCAAAGAUGUGAGGAAAAGAGGUUCAAAUUGGACCACUCAGUGAGUAGCACCAAUGGCCACAGGUGGCAGAUAUUUCAAGACCUGUUGGGAACUGACCAAGAUAACCUUGAUUUGGCCAAUGUCAAUCUUAUGUUGGAGUUACUAGUGCAGAAGAAGAAACAACUGGAAGCAGAAUCUCAUGCAGCCCAACUACAGAUUCUUAUGGAAUUCCUCAAGGUUGCAAGAAGAAAUAAGAGAGAGCAACUGGAACAGAUCCAGAAGGAGCUAAGUGUUUUGGAAGAGGAUAUUAAGAGAGUGGAAGAAAUGAGUGGCUUAUAUUCUCCUGUCAGUGAGGAUAGCACAGUGCCGCAAUUUGAAGCUCCUUCUCCAUCACACAGUAGUAUUAUUGAUUCCACAGAAUACAGCCAACCUCCAGGUUUCAGUGGCAGUUCUCAGCUGCCUGAGACUUCUUCAUGUGGUUGUAUGACAAAGAAACAGCCUUGGUAUAAUAGCACAUUAGCAUCAAGACGAAAACGACUUACUGCUCAUUUUGAAGACCUGGAGCAGUGUUACUUUUCUACAAGGAUGUCUCGUAUCUCAGAUGACAGUCGAACUGCAAGCCAGUUGGAUGAAUUUCAGGAAUGCUUGUCCAAGUUUACUCGAUAUAAUUCAGUACGACCUUUAGCCACAUUGUCAUAUGCUAGUGAUCUCUAUAAUGGUUCCAGUAUAGUCUCUAGUAUUGAAUUUGACCGGGAUUGUGACUAUUUUGCGAUUGCUGGGGUUACAAAGAAGAUUAAAGUUUAUGAAUAUGGCACCGUCAUCCAGGAUGCAGUGGAUAUUCAUUACCCUGAAAAUGAAAUGACCUGCAAUUCCAAAAUCAGCUGUAUCAGUUGGAGUAGUUACCAUAAGAACCUGUUAGCUAGCAGUGAUUAUGAAGGCACUGUUAUUUUAUGGGAUGGAUUCACCGGACAGAGGUCAAAGGUCUAUCAGGAGCAUGAGAAGAGGUGUUGGAGUGUUGACUUCAAUUUGAUGGAUCCUAAACUCUUGGCUUCAGGUUCUGAUGAUGCAAAAGUGAAGCUGUGGUCCACCAAUCUAGACAACUCAGUGGCAAGCAUUGAGGCGAAGGCUAACGUGUGUUGUGUUAAAUUCAGCCCCUCUUCCAGAUACCAUUUGGCUUUCGGCUGUGCAGAUCACUGUGUCCACUACUAUGAUCUUCGUAACACUAAACAGCCAAUCAUGGUAUUCAAAGGACACCGAAAAGCAGUCUCUUAUGCAAAGUUUGUGAGUGGUGAGGAAAUUGUCUCUGCCUCAACAGACAGUCAGCUAAAACUGUGGAAUGUAGGGAAACCAUACUGCCUACGUUCCUUCAAGGGUCAUAUCAAUGAAAAAAACUUUGUAGGCCUGGCUUCCAAUGGAGAUUAUAUAGCUUGCGGAAGUGAGAAUAACUCUCUCUACCUGUACUAUAAAGGACUUUCUAAGACUUUGCUAACUUUUAAGUUUGAUACAGUCAAAAGUGUUCUGGACAAAGACCGAAAAGAAGAUGAUACAAAUGAAUUUGUUAGUGCUGUGUGCUGGAGGGCACUACCAGAUGGGGAAUCCAAUGUGCUGAUUGCUGCUAACAGUCAGGGUACAAUUAAGGUGCUAGAAUUGGUAUGAAGGGUUUACUCAAGUCAAAUUGUACUUUAUCCUGCUGAAAUACAUCUGCAGCUGACAAUGAGAGAAGAAACAGAAAAUGUCAUGUGAUGUCUCUCCCCAAAGUCAUGGAUUUUUGAUUUAUUUUGAAUAUUUUUUCUUUUUCUCUUUUCCCUUCUUUAUGACCUUUGGGACAUUGGGAAUACCCAGCCAACUCUCCACCAUCAAUGUAACUCCAUGGACAUUGCUGCUCUUGGUGGUGUGGUUAUCUAAUUUUUGUGAUAGGGAAACAAAUUCUUUUGAAUAAAAAUAAAUUUAAAAAACAAUAAAAGUUUACUGAGCCACA